AACAUGGUGUCCCCCCUACCAUCAUUAGUCUUGGCUAUGAUGUGUCAGGGCGCCUUGCUCGCAGACCCUACACAGUCACGCCGCGAGAUCCGCAUCGAAGGCGACCUGGUGCUCGGCGGCUUGUUUCCGGUGCAUGAGAAAGGGAGUGGAAUGGAGGAGUGCGGUCGUGUGAACGAGGACAGGGGGAUCCAGAGGCUGGAGGCCAUGCUGUUUGCCAUAGACCGGAUCAACUCGGACAGCGCGUUGCUGCCGGGCAUCUCUCUGGGGGUCCACAUCCUCGACACCUGCUCCAGAGACACGUAUGCACUGGAGCAGGCUCUGGAGUUUGUGAGAGCCUCUCUCACCAAGGUGGACGACACUGAGUUCAUCUGUCCAGAUGGAUCGUACGCCUUGCAAGACGACAGCCCACUCGCCAUCGCAGGAGUCAUUGGAGGCUCUUUCAGCAGUGUCUCUAUACAGGUUGCCAAUCUUCUCAGGCUCUUUCAAAUCCCUCAGAUAAGCUAUGCUUCAACGAGUGCCAAGCUCAGCGACAAAACCCGAUAUGAUUACUUUGCACGAACCGUCCCUCCUGACUUCUACCAGGCCAAAGCCAUGGCCGAGAUCCUCCGCUUCUUCAACUGGACAUAUGUGUCCACCGUGGCGUCAGAAGGGGACUAUGGUGAAACUGGUAUAGAGGCCUUUGAACAAGAGGCUCGCAUGAGGAACAUCUGCAUUGCCACUUCAGAGAAGGUGGGGCGUUCAAACGCUAAGAAGUCCUAUGAAGCUGUUAUCCGUCAGCUCCUUCAAAAGCCAAAUGCCCACGUGGCUGUCCUUUUCCUGCGCAGUGAUGAUGCCAGAGAGCUUCUUGCAGCUGCUGCCAGGCUGAACACCUCCUUCAUAUGGGUGGCCAGUGAUGGCUGGGGGGCACAGGAGAGCAUCGUCAAGGGAAAUGAGGUCACAGCUGAAGGAGCUAUCACACUUGAACUGGCAGCCAACCCUCUACAAGUCUUCAACCGCUACUUUCUCAGUCUGAACCCAGGCAGAAACCACCGGAAUCCCUGGUUCAGGGAAUUUUGGGAGCAGCGAUUCCAGUGUUCUUUGGGAGUGGGAGGAUCAGGACUGGGAGGGACCCCCCUACCGCCAUGUGACAAGGAUUUGUCAAUGGACAAAGGGCACUUUGAACCAGAGUCCAAGAUCAUGUUUGUGGUGAAUGCAGUGUAUGCCAUGGCCCAUGCCCUCCACAAUAUGCAGCGGAGCCUGUGCUUCAACACUACCAAGAUGUGUGACAGCAUGAAGGCCUUGGAUGGGCGCCGACUCUACAGGGAUUACAUUCUUAAUGUCAGCUUCACAGCCCCCUUCUCCCCUCUUGGCAGUGAGACGGUAGUAAAGUUUGACUCCCAGGGGGACGGCAUGGGCAGAUACAACAUCUUCAGCUAUCAGCGCUCCGGUGAACGUUACGGUUACGUGCCAGUAGGCGAGUGGGCAGAGAGUCUGAGUCUAAACAACGAGCUGAUUCACUGGCCCAGAGAGGUGGCGCCGACCUCGCAGUGCAGCGAUCCCUGUGAACGUAAUGAGAUGAAGAAAAUGCAGGCAGGUGAGUACUGCUGCUGGAUCUGUACAGCGUGUGAGCCUCAUGAAUACCUGGCUGAUGAGUUCACCUGCUCACCCUGCGCUCCUGGUCAGUGGCCCACUGAUGACCUCACAUCCUGUUACGACCUUCCAGAGGACUACAUCAUGUGGGAAGAUGCAUGGGCCAUUGGUCCAAUUACCAUCGCCUGUGUAGGUUUUAUGUGCACCGGCCUGGUGUUCUGGGUAUUCGUCAGACACAACAACACCCCCUUGGUGAAAGCAUCCGGCAGGGAGCUCUGCUACAUUCUCCUCUCUGGAGUCUUCAUGUCCUACGCCAUGACAUUCCUCUUCUUGGCCAAACCCUCUCCUGCUAUAUGCGCUCUGCGCCGCCUCGGCCUGGGCACAUCGUUUGCCGUGUGCUACUCCGCUCUGCUCACCAAAACCAACAGAAUCGCCAGAAUUUUUAAUGGUGUGAAAGAUGGAGCAGGCGCAGUGAGGCCACGCUUCAUUAGCCCAUCUUCUCAGGUGUUCAUCUGUCUGAGUCUGAUCUCCGUCCAGUUGGUGACAGUCUCAGUGUGGCUGCUGCUGGAGGUCCCCGGGACGCGGCGCUUUACGUUGCCAGAACGAAGACAGACUGUCAUCCUCAAGUGUAAUGUACGUGACUCCAGCAUGCUGCUGUCGCUGGGAUAUGAUGUGCUCCUGGUCAUCUUGUGUACUGUGUAUGCCUUCAAGACCAGAAAGUGCCCUGAGAACUUCAAUGAGGCCAAGUUUAUUGGGUUCACCAUGUACACAACUUGUAUAAUUUGGCUGGCCUUUCUUCCUAUCUUCUACGUUACAUCUAGUGACUACAGGGUUCAGACCACUACCAUGUGUAUCUCAGUCAGUCUGAGUGGCUUUGUGGUGCUGGGCUGUAUGUUUGCCCCAAAAGUUCAUAUCAUCAUGUUUCAGCCUCAGAAGAAUGUGACGAGCCACAGGCUGAACCUCAAUCGUUUCAGUGUCAGCGGGGCUGCCACCACAUAUGCAUCUCAUGCUUCUGUCAGCUCUCACUUCGUCCCGACAGUUUGCAAUGGGAGAGAAGUUGUCGACUCCACCACUUCCUCUCUGUGACGACGUCCGUUUCGCUCUCCUAAACCGGCCCCCCCUGCGACUGUUAGCCAAAUGACGAACUUCACUUCCUAAAGCUUUGUUUUCCCUCC